GGGCAGACAGCCGUCGUCGCGCGAGUCCCAUUCAACGUGCCUGCAUCGCGUGACCCCAUUCGACUGAAAUCUCAGGUCGCCACACUAGACUUCUUGGCGCUGUAUAGGCCGCAUAUACCAGUGCCGAGGGUCCUCGCUGCUGCCGUCAGCAACACGAAUCCUGCCGGCGCGCCUUAUAUCAUUUCCCAAUUCCUCCCGGGAACUCCUAUCACCUAUAUUGAAUGGUGCGACAAGCUAUAGAGCGCAGAUCGUGACGCCGUCGUCGAUCUCCUUGCCGACCUCUGGGUCAAGAUCACGGCGCCGGUUCCGUUCAACGCAAUCGGAAGCAUCCUCCAUGACCCAUCCUGCGUCGUAGACGGCAUGUGGCGGAUGGACUCCAGUGGUUCUCGGCAUGGCUUUCGUGUGAUACCCACGAUCCCUCAACUUCCGACCCGCCAUACUGAGGUCCUCGAACCAUCGUUCGAGCACCGCACUGGGCCGGGGAGCUUGGCGGACUAUUGGGCCAACAAAAUUCAAGAGCAGUUUCGCGACAUCACUUCUCACUAUCCGAACGAUGACCUCUCGGUCAUCGUACAGGAUGGCCUUCGAAACACGUGCUCGCUAGGUGAACUUUGGCAAUGUGCCAAAGCCGUGCAGACUAUCGCAGCCAUCGCAGCCUCCCUGGAUCCGCUGUCGACCUCGCAUGGGCGCGAGCCGAUUCUGGCUUUGGUGCACACUGAUUAUGCUUGCUGGCGUAAUGUUCUCUUCUCGGCGGACCGCACGCGUAUUGAAGGGAUAGUCGAUUGGGACGACGCCGUCGUCGUCCCACGAGACCUCGCGGCUGUCUAUCCCGAAGAGUUAACCCACCAGGCCAAGUGGCGCUCUGACCCAGACGACGUCUUUGUCAUCCCGCCCGGAACGCUGUAUGAAAACACAGGUUUGUGGAAAACUGCGAUCCAGGAGACACAGCAGAGGCGGAGGUUCAGGGAGGCAGUACAGAGACAAGAUCUGCAGCUUGCGGCACUGUACACCGACCGUCGUGCGAGGCUCAGGAGGCGUGUUCAUUAUCUAGUCACCGAAGGCUGGUGCGCCUGGCUGUGGAAACGAAAGUAGGUCUUGGGCGAGGGUUCGGAUGAGGCCCAUGCAUUGGGUAAACGCGGAGCUUCACCU